AUAGCUUUAAAAUGCGGCGGAUAAAUAAAGAUGUCCCACUCAGGCCGUUUACAAUUGGAAAAAAUGGUCACAGUUCCGGUCUGCUUAAGGGGUGUUUCUCCCAUAGGCACCAAUGCAUUAGCAGCUGGGUCUGGUCCGCUUAGUUCAUUGAUUUGUAUAUGAACCAGAAAAAAAGGAGCGAGUGAGAUGUCUCGCUUCCUGUUUUAUCUCUGAUAGCUAUGAUCCAUAUCCGAUUUCGGAUUUCCUGAUAUGAUUAGGGGUUGGGAAAGAACGAAGUUCAUUCAAUUUAGCUAGUCUUUUCUGGAAGGUAACUGUUUCGUAUGAUUUGGGCAUUUAGAGUACGGUGUAACUCAAGUAUUACGAUUCAGUAAACAUACAAAGGCAAAGCGCUGUUUUUAUUUGUGAAAAGAAGCGGCUAGGUUAGCCAGCUAGAUUUAGCUAAAGCCUUUAGCCUGCACUGUUGAAAUGUCUGCCUCGGCCGGUGUCUCUCCGUCAGCCCAGGGCACUGCCCUGGUCAGUCCAGGCACGGGGAUGUCCAUGUUUCGGUGGCUUGAGGUUCUGGAGAAGGAGUUUGACAAGGCGUUUGUUGACGUCGAUUUACUACUGGGAGAAAUCGAUCCAGAUCAAGCUGACAUCACCUACGAGGGUCGUCAAAAGAUGACAAGUCUCAGCUCCUGUUUUGCUCAGCUUUGCCACAAAGCCCAGACGAUUUUUCAACUUAAUCACAAAGUCGAGGCUCAGCUGGUUGGCCUGCGAUCAGAGCUGACUGACGUGCAGGCAGAGAGGGUGGUGGUGGAGAGGGAGGUUCACGACCAGCUCCUCCAGCUCCAUGCCAUGCAGCUGCAGCUUCACGCCAAGGCUGGGCAGACCGUGGACUCGGACUCCAUCAAAGACAGGAUGCCUGUUCCCUCAGUGGAGGAGAUGGAGAGGGAGCUGCAGGACAACAAGAAGGAGAAGGUGAAGGAAGUGAAGUUGGAGGCAGAGGUCAAGCUGCAUAAGAAGGAGAAUGAGGCCCUCCGCAGGCACAUCGCCGUACUGCAGGCUGAGGUCUAUGGGGCCAGACUGGCAGCCAAGUACCUGGACAAAGAGCUGGCUGGAAGAGUUCAGCAGAUCCAGUUACUGGGUCGGGACAUGAAGGGGCCCGCUCAUGACAAACUAUGGAACCAGCUGGAGGCUGAGAUCCACCUCCACCGCCACAAGACAGUCAUCCGAGCCUGCAGGGGGCGCAACGAUCCCAAGAAACCCCUACCUUCUCCAGUAGGGCAUGAAACAGAUGUACUGAAGAAGACCCAAGGAGUUGGUCCUAUUCGUAAAGUAGUGCUGGCCAAAGAAGAUCACGAGGGACUUGGAAUUUCAAUCACGGGUGGUAAGGAACACGGGGUGCCCAUCCUGAUCUCAGAGAUCCAUCCUACCCAGCCUGCGGAGCGCUGUGGGGGGCUCCAUGUGGGUGAUGCCAUCCUGGCUGUCAACAGCAUCAACCUGAGGGACGCCAAACACAAGGAAGCCGUCACCAUCCUCUCACAACAGAGGGGAGAGAUAGAGUUUGAGGUUGUGUACGUAGCCCCGGAGGUGGACUCUGACGAUGAGAACGUGGAGUAUGAGGAUGACGGCGGCCAUCGCUACCGGCUCUACCUAGAUGAGCUGGAGGAGGGGUCAGCCGCCAGCAGGAACAACGGCACCGCAGACUCCGCAUCGCUACAAGCUCUGGAGAAGAUGUCCGUGAGUGACAGCCCGGAGAACGGAGACACCGGGAUCUCCAGUGAGACCACAUCGGAGGAGACCCUGUCUAAGGCUGCUGAGUCCGGAGAGAGCUCGUCAUAGAGUGAAGGGGGGGCUGAAAGACUGAAGUGCAUGUGUGUUUGUGUACUAUACUGUAUGAGAUUUGAGAGACUGGCCUGCACCAGAUUCUCCCGGAGGAUAUAUGUGGGGAUAGAGUUGACUCAUCAUUAAGUUGUUAUGGAAACACACUCGGAGCUCUGUUGAAUUCACGUCACUAUCUUCGUGCAGUGGUGAGGAGCCAAUUAGAUGAGACCCGAUAUUGAGGAGAGGAUGUGGGUCUAGUUUGGAGAAGAUGGUAGAUCUCUCAACUGAGUGGUAUUUUUCUCUGUUUGCGUAUAGUUACUGAUCCUUUUUGCCCCCAUACUGACGACACUACCUUACUGGGACUGCCCUGCUGGUAAUGAAUACUAUUUUACAAGGCCGAGAAAGAUCUUCUCCAUUCAUAAAUGUUGGCUUUUAUUUCUCUCUUCCACAUGUAGCUACUGUAGAUGAGGGUUUUUCUCUCAAUUUGAAUGUUCAUCUUCUACCACUGAUUUAUGGUAUCGAUGUUGAAUACCACGUCAAACCUGCACCGCUCUUAGAUCCACCUACCAGUAGGCCUAGUCCUUAGUGUUCAUAAUAUGAGAGAGCUACAUUCACCUACUGUAUGUCAAAACAGAAUGUACAGGGAAAGAAUUCUAACUAUAUCAGCUAUGAGGGUGUUCCAUCUGUGUUUGAUCAAUGGUAUCACAUAAUGUCACCAUAGUUCAGUGUUUAAAUGCUGGAUACAUCUGUUUUUCAGUCCUCUGAGCACUCAUUACACAAUGUUUUUCUUUAAUGGCUCAGUUAAAAAAAAAUAUAUAUAUAUAUAUAAAAACUCAAUAUAAAAUAAUUUCUGGGUAGCAAUCAAUUAAAAUGGUUAAAUAGAAGCAAAUUGCUCCUUAGCAAGAGCAGUUUCUCAAGCUAAUUUUGCUAGAACUGUCUGAGUGGUUUGAGUGAGGAGGUAAAAACUAGCUGUUAUUGGCAGAGAGGUUUUGGAACUCUUUCUUAUUGGUCUAACAAAUUUACCACCUGGUGAUGUCAACAGGCAGGCAAAAACUCCAUCCCACCAAAACUGGCUGAAAUGUCAGGUGAUCUUUUCAAACAGCUCUUCUACUAAAAGGGCAUUAUCAUAGUUAAUGGUGUUGAACUGACCAGUGUUUUUGCAAAGUUGGGCUAUAUCUUCAUCAUUACACGGACAAUGAUAUGAUUUGUGUGUGUAUAAAGCACUGCAAAUUGAGUCCUGUAAGAGGAAGUGAGCGGUCAGGGGGACAACUCAAAAAGACAGAUAAGGGAGACUUUUGUCUUUUCAGUUGUUGUCACGUUGACCAAAAUCAGAGGUGCAAUGUCUUUAUUUUUCCCCUCUUAAACUCAACUAGGAUUUCUCCUUUGUUCUAGUCCCUUUUAACAAAGUACAUAUCUUGCCUUUUGGAUGUAUCUCCCAAAAGUCCAUCGUUGGUUGGUUUUCCCCACCCUUCUCUACUGUCAGUGGCAGUCAAACUGUCUUCAGACUCGUUAGGACCCAAAGAUGACUGACAACAGUGUGUCUGCUGCACUGGGUUCUGAUAUCUUCUUUAAAUGUAUUUAUUUCACCUUUAUUUAACCAGGGAGGCCAGUUGAGAACACCUUUAUUUAACCAGGGAGGCUAGUUGAGAACACCUUUAUUUAACCAGGGAGGCUAGUUGAGAACACCUUUAUUUAACCAGGGAGGCUAGUUGAGAACACCUUUAUUUAACCAGGGAGGCUAGUUGAGAACAAGUUCUCAUUUACAACUGCGACCUGGCCAAGAUAAAGCAAAGCAGUGCGACAAAAACACACACAUAAACAAACGUACAGUCAAUAACACAAUAGAAAAAAAAUAUGUACAGUCCGUCAUAGGUUGGUAACCUUAUCUGAGUGACGGGGGUUUGUUUUCUAGCUUUAUUCAAUUCAUUUUACACAACCAAAAGGUUUCUGUAUAUGCAAAGGAUAAUAGCAAUAGAAUGUUUUUAUGCACGAUCCAUUUAUUCAAAUUCACAAACUAUCAUCUUAGAUUAUAUAAAUAAAUCUGUAUAUGCUAUAUUAAUGUAUUAGCGAUUUUAAAAUAAGAAUUUUUGUAGAUCAUAUUGGAAUUUAGCUACUGUAGUAGCAUCUCUACUUAUUACAAAUGUACCCCCAUGGGGGGGGUGUCAUGACAAUCUGCAGCCUUGUGUUCUAAUGUUGAUCUCAUUCAUGGCCAUUUCUUAUCAGUGAGGCUAAACUGCAGGUCCGGUUUUGGAUGUAAAUUGCGCUUUGAUCUAACUCAAAUGCUCUGCAUGAAGGACGUGUCCACACCCUGCUUAACGUUAGUGAAAUGAGAGCGGCACUAGAGACCGAGGCGUCAUCCCAACACUGGCGCUGCAUGUCAUGCCAUAAAGAAUGUUCAUCUUUCCGCUUGUUGCCAGGGAUUUCGCCAGAAGGAACAAAAGCUCCCUUUAUGUACACAGUUUUUUUUACCCGACCUUGUUUUCUUAAUGUUAUUUUAUUAAAAGGGGUCUCUGAAAUAUCUGUACGUAAUGUAUAACAUUAAAUGAACAAAUGUAUUUGCCCAAUGUGGUCUGUGGAUAGCCCGCCCUGCCGUCAGGGCUCAAUCUCUUGAAGGAUUCAAUCUUCACUAGGUUGAAAUGUGAAGAUCCAAAUGUUUGAAUGAGGAACGGAACGAUUAAGUGGAAGGUUAUUUUUUCUGAUCUGUUUGUUACUAUAAUAUUGCUUUUGUUCAGUGAACCACAAUGAACACCAGGGGGCGAUGUAAACUGUAGAACCAGUCGGUACAGUCUGAGUUUAUACAUACAUGAAAUGUUGCGAAUUAAAAGUUAUUCAAACUGC